GCGCCAGUCCACGCUAGUGAUUAGAAAUUCCGUCAUCAACGACACUGGAGAGUACGAGUGUGUGGCCAGGAACCUUCUCGGCGAGGUCCGGCAGAGUAAACCCUUGACAGUCACCUACCCACACAAAGUGCCUUGUGAGAGACACACCUACUGUCUCAACGGCGGCAGCUGCUUCCACAUCCCUGCCUUGGAGGUGGACAUCUGCGAGUGCCGAGCUGACUACGAGGGAGCUCGCUGUGAGAAGCGACAGCCAG